AACGGUCACACUCGCACGGAGUGAAGAGAAAGCCAACUACCAUUCCAACGAAAGGAAGCAAGAAACGCAAGAAUGACCCACUGGUUACUAGUUAGCACUUAGCACCGCCUAUGACUCUAUUCCCUCCUUCACUUCGCACCACACUAUACUCUCACAUCUUCCCUUCUUCUUCUUCUUCUUCUUCUUCUUCUCUCUCCUGCAAUGGCCGAACUUCAUUCCACUUCAAAUUCAACUCUAACUCCUCCUCCGUCUACUUCCGCGGGUAACAAUGAAUCUUCUGGAGCUUCACCGUCGACUUCCCGAGGCCGUCGCAACGAUCAGAACGCCGCUGACCGAUCUCAGGCUCGAUUCCGGUCGCCUGAAAUUGAACCGAUCGUUGGCCAUGCUGGCAGAGUCAUUGGCUGGGGAAUCGGGGACGAGUCGUCGUCUGUUAGGGAAGAUGCAUGGUCAUGCUUUGCUGUUGUAUUCAUGUUUUGGUUUUUCGUGUCGGUGACUAUAAUACUUGGGGUUUAUGGGUCCAUGAAUCUCUUGCUUGGUCCAGAAACAUCGAUUGUGUUCCAACCUAGCCCUCUGUUCGUGCAAUAUCUCAGGGUAGAAAACUUAGAAGAAAAGCCAGGUCCUGUCGUGUAUGGUACUUACCAAUAUCCAGAUCUUGAUGUUAUUACCACUUGGGAACAAACUCUGCAUGUAACUAUUCCCUCUGACACACAUCAGGAAUGGAUUUAUUAUCUGAAUACAGGUUCAGAAGUGAAUAUUUCAUAUCAUUUGAGCCCUGUGAGCUCGUCCGUUCUCCUUAUAAUUGCAGAUGGGGCUGAAAGCCUCGCUCAGUGGAUUGAAUACCCUACAUACCGUAAUUCAACUCUCUCAUGGAACAUGAUCCAUGGUAUGACAAAGGUAAAGAUAAAUUUUAUACUCAUAUUAAACCUAUGUUUGAUGCUCAUUUAUUUUUUCACAGGAGCUGGUAUGAUUACACAGAAAAUACACAGGUCGUCGAGCUAUUAUGUAGCGUUGGGAAAUUUGGAUGAGGUGGUGCAGGUGGAACUAAACCUCACAGUUAGGGCCUACUUGCACAAUACAAAGAAUGCUUACUACAAAUAUGCCUUGGCAAGUAGAAGUUCGUGCAGUUUGAGCAUUUUCUUUCCACAAGGAAACGCAGCUAUCUUGACUACUCCUGGUCCACAAAAGAAUGCAUCAGAUGAUGAAUGGUACGUCAAAGUGACCUAUGGACCUAGAUGGAUCACAUAUAUUGUAGGCAUAGGUGGAUUGACUUUGCUUAUGUUUUGGGCAUUCAACCUCUUGAACAAUCUCCAGUUUGCCCGUGAAGAAAGAUCAGGAGUUAUGAACAAUGGGACGGCACCUGAUAGAGGCCCUUUGCGCUCUCGAAAAGAUGAUGACCUUUCCAGCUGGGGUUCAUCAUAUGAUUCACUGUCACAAGAUGACGAAGAUCUUGACUCUCAGGCCGGAGGUUCCGCGGAGGGGAAGUCUCUAGGUGAUGGAGAAAUUAGUAACAAUACUCGGCGUCUCUGUGCCAUUUGCUUUGAUGCUCCGAGGGAUUGUUUCUUUCUUCCUUGUGGGCACUCUGCAGCUUGUUUUGAAUGUGGAACUAGGAUCGCCGAGGCUGCUGGUACUUGCCCUGUUUGUCGUAGGAACAUGAAGAAAGUGAGAAAGAUUUUUACUGUUUGAUCAGUCCACUGUCUUGUGUAACGGAGUAAGCCAUGCCUACCAGAACUAUAUAGAUAAUAUGUUGUGUAGUCAUUACUUUCCUUGCGGUCAUUAACAAUGAUCAAGCUAGGUAAAGGUCGGCACUAGUAAGAGGCGUAUUGACUGUUGAGUUCUCACCAAUUUAAAAAGGUGCAUCCUCUAAUAACAUAUGCACUAAAUCCUUCAAGGUGAAGUAUUCAUACACAAUUUUUUAGAAAAAUAUUUCUUAGCCUCUUAGAUGAGUACAAGUGUAACACUUCGAAUUCACAAGAAGCAGCACAAUUAAGAGAAUCCACAAACACUCUUUUAUAUUGAU